AUGGAGACUUUCCCGAAACGAAGCGGCCCAUACCAACUUUUCAAAAAACGAACCGGACCCAACAUCGCAACUCUUAAAAUCAUUCGCAGAGGAUUAUGUUGCAACAAGGAGAAAGCUUCCUUCACAGAAGUUUGCCUGUCUGAACCUCAUCACCUCACUUCGAGAUGGGAGCGAGAAGUCUCUCGCUCCCUCCCUGAUGAAAUUAAGAAGGAUGUCCUAAAUUUUAUUAGAACACGUUUGACCCUUAAAUACAAUUUACCGACAAAGCCGCGAGAACGCUACACAGUCACGGCUAACGAUAUAGAUUAUUUGCUUCGCGGUCUGUUUGGCAACGAUUGCCACGAUUACAGACAUGAGAGGGCACGCGUCCAGACUGGAAGUGCUCUCGCCCUGUUUGCUGGCUCUGGUACCAGGGCGGGUGCCGUGGUUGAGUCAAGUGCUUAUCGCAAUUCCAACGAAUGCUUAUACUACAGGCAUAUCAAAUUUAAUCUCAAAUGGAGCCCUGAAACCAAUUCUUUGAAAUGUUGGGUAACAAUCGAUCCAGAAUUCUUGAAUGGAUGGCGUCAUCGUCUGGCUCAGCGGGAGUGCUUCAAAGAUACAUUACGCGUGCAUGGGAUUCGUGGUGGUGUGGCUAAUCGCAUUUACCCGAAAGCAUCUGAAGCGACACGAGGCCAAGCGCUUGACCAUCAGAACCAUGAUACAUAUAUCAAAUACCAAUCCUCAAUCAAGUCGUUGGACGUUCAGGCUCUUUUUUACGACUUAGAGCCUGACUACGAAUGCCGAGAUAUGGAGCAAAGUAUGGCCCAUCACCAAGACCCUAACGCUCCUCACCAACUUGAUGCAGCUGCAAUCACUGAAUUUGAAGAUAAGACCGUAAUCAAAGACAUGAACGAGAAAAUCGCUUCGUUGACCGCUACGAUUGCCAGAAAGCCUAAGCUCCACGAGCAGCUCAUCCUUGAACAUACGCAACUAUACAACAAGAAAGCAAAACUCAUGCAGCUCUGGAGGAAGGAGUUUGUUAAAAAGUGUUGGGAUUCCGCAUACGAAGAAUAUGUUUCGGGAAAUGAUUUCUCUGAGCGGCACAGAACACCAAUACUCGACAUAUACAAGAAGUAUCUACCAGAACGGGCCAGGCUCAAAGAUCUCUUGUUUACGAAGACAAAACUGGAAAGCGAUAUGGCCAACAGUGCGCUCUGCACAUCGACAGAGCGGGUCGCUUACUACCCAAAGAUGUUGCCUACUGUCGAUCGAUGUCCAAUCUGUUCCACGUUCAUGUCCGAGUAA